UCUCAUAGCAGACGACACACAAUCACACGAGCCGGCACUUCCAUUUUCCUCCUCUAUACUCGUCUUCGCUCUAUUCGGGACACUGCCUGAAGAAGUGCGCCGCCGUGUCCGCUGCCUUUUGUAGCAAAUCGAUUCUCUGUCCCCGCCUUAUCCCCGCCAUCUACUGUACACGGGCACCCACCCACAGGAGCAAACACCACGACAAGUGCAUUUUCAUCUUCACCAGACCAUGUCGUUCCUAGGCGGGCCGGAGUGCAGCGCGGGCGCCAACCCGCUCGCCCAAUUCCAGAAGCAGACGGCGGCCGACACAUCGCUGCAGCGUGACCGUCUCACGUCACGCAACCCACAGCAGCAGCACAAUGGCUUUCGCAGCGGCCAGCAGCUCCCUGAAGAUGCCGCCUUCCAGGACUUUGCUCAACAAGGUCCACAUAUGGGCGAGAUGCUGCCCAACGAGGCUUUUCACAUGGAACAGCUUCGACGAGAGGCAGAGCAUCUGGAGCGAGUAGGCGGUGGUGGCGGUGGCGGCGGUGCGAACUGGGCCGGCGAGUUUGCGCAGAAGGGGCCAGCCUUUAGCACGGAAGAGUUCGCGCAGCAACGAGGUGGAGCUUUCAGCCCGCAAGACUUCGCCCAAUUCCGCCAGAGCCAGCUGUCGCCUUCUGCAAGGACGGCAAGUCCCAAUAACAUGUCGUAUCAAUCAGCCUACAGACCGCCGCAGAUGGGAAUAUACGGAGGCGGCAUGCAACGGCCUAUGAUGUACCAGCAGUCGCCCAUGAUGUAUCAACAAUCGCAGCAGCAGCCACAGCAGUACGAGGGGAAGGGAAAAGGAAGGGUGCAGGAGCUGAGUGACACCGACUGGGAAAAGCAGUUCGAGGAACUGUCUACAGCAGACAAAGAUGCGGAUCUAGACCAGCUGGAUCGGGAGGCGAACGAAGCCAUGGAGAGAGAGCUCAACCAAGCGGACAGGUCGGAAACGGGCUGGGGCGAUUUUGAGAGCAUCAUGAAUGGCGCGAGAGCUGAGGCUAACUCCCACAGGAACAUGCUCGCCGACGAGGAGCUCGGAAACCACUUCGGCGAUGCGUACGAUGAAUGGAAGGACUUUGAUGGCAUGAACCACAAUUUCGACUCGUACCGUGACUUUGGCGACUUUAGCACAGGACCCCCGACCGGAACCUACAUGUUCGAAGAGAAUAACCUGUUCCAAGAUGUGCCCAAUGCUUUCGAAGAGGGUAUGAAGAUCAUGCGCGAAGGCGGCAACUUGAGCAUCGCCGCUUUGGCUUUUGAGGCUGCUGUGCAAAAGGAUAAUGAGUUCGCGGAAGCGUGGGUGGCCCUCGGUCAAGCGCAAGCACAGAACGAGAAAGAGUCGCCCGCGAUCCGGGCAUUGGAGCAAGCAAUUAAGCUGGACCCGAGUAACGCGGAGGCCCUAAUGGGCCUUGCAGUAUCAUACACAAACGAAGGGUACGAUACGCUCGCGUACAGAACACUGGAACGAUGGGUGGCAGCAAAAUAUCCUCAGCUUGGUGUCACGCCCCGAGGGGUAGACGUGGAAGAAGAAAUGGGGUUCACCGAUCGUCACCAACUUCAUGAAAAGGUCACUAACUACUUCCUGGAAGCGGCACAACUCAAUCCGGAAGGUGGAGAUGUGGACGUCGACGUUCAAGUCGGACUUGGCGUAUUAUUCUACGGCAGCGAAGACUACGACAAAGCUGUAGACUGUUUCACGGCUGCACUGAACAGCCACGAGCACGGCUCAAUGAAGCGAGAAGGAGAAGAACACCUUUUGUGGAACCGAUUGGGCGCUACGCUUGCAAACAGCAACCGAUCGGAAGAGGCUAUUGAAGCGUACUCACGUGCUCUAGAACUGCGCCCUAAUUUCGUGCGAGCACGUUACAAUCUUGGAGUCUCAUGCAUCAAUCUGGGAGUGCUAGAAGAAGCUGCUGGCCACUUGCUGGGCGCUCUGUCCAUGCAUAAAGUGCUGGAACAAGAAGGUCGAGCGAAAGCUGCAGAGCUCAUGAAAGACGGACAUGGCAACGAUGUGGAUGAACAUGCCGUCGAUCAGGUUCUGCAACAGAAUCAAAGCACGAAUCUCUACGACACAUUACGGCGAGUCUUUACUCAGAUGAAUCGUAGAGACCUGGCAUCUAUGGUUGGUCCGGAUAUGAAUCUUGAUCAGCUGAGAGGCGAAGGAUUUGAUUUCUAGGUGCCGCCGGUGCUCUGCUCGGUGUAAAGAGAAUGAGUAUAUGUAGCAUCUUGCCAUACUGUGUACAAAAGAAAUUACACUUAUGUCACAAACCUUCGAUGUGAGGCGUAUAUGCAUAAACGUACGUCCACAAAUCUUUUCAUUCGUACAUACUGCAAUUAACAUGGUACUCCGGGCUGCAUCUCAAGCACCCCCGGACAGAAUCAAGAUCUGCCUUUCUACUUUUUUUUCUUUCACAAGCCGUAACGCCACGCUCGAACGCGAAGAAGGAGGACAAAGGCAGUAAGGUACCUUGGUCUGACUAAACGGAAUUCAUGCCAGGACAUCUUUUGGAUCGAUUCAAAGGUGUCUCACGCUUCGACUCUCGGCCGCUUCUUCUCUGUUGUGGUUAAAGGCACACCGCCAUUCUCGUCGUCGCUCAUGGCGACGUCUCCAUCGUCGUCGUCGGGGACGUCUCUGCUGCGCUUGAGACCCUUCAUUUUCCUCGUUUGCAGCUGGCUGAGAUCUUGGCGACCAGUGUGAAUGCGUCCGAUCUUGUCUCCAAUCAUGUCGGUCUCGAUGUUUUUCUUGGGCUUGGCCUCUGUAGUCUUUGCCUUCUUCAUAGCUUCUUUCCACAUGUCCGGAUCGGCAUCCUGUCUCCUGCCCACUCUGAAGUCGACCCUGGGACCCAUCUCUUCUACUGCAAUUCUGGGCAGACUCGAGUUUUGCCCCUUCUUCGAGCUUAUCAGGUACGACCGCAUGUGGAUCUGUGGUUUCACAUCUUCUUGUUCUUCCUCAUCCACACUAAAGUGAAUCAUGUAUUUCAAGCCUUCCACAUCCACCUUGUCCGUGUUCGGGCCCUUGAAAAGAUCGAGCAAGAGCGACUUCGCAAGCGUAUAGUCAUUCUGAAUCGGCGAUUCGAAGGCGCUGCCGGAGAAGGAGAGGAGUGGCUUCAGUCCCACUGCGGCUUUGGCGUUCUUAAAUUGCGACAAACUGCGAAAGGUGUCCGGAUCGAUGAGCAGCUCGAGCAUGUCCAGCAGCUUGUAACCGAACAUGCGCAUCAGGGUUAGGCAAUGGGGGCGUUUCUUGCUGUGCGAUCCAUAGACCAUCAAGCUCGUGUCGUUCUUGUCGGCCCAGAACUCGAAACUGGUGGCAUCUUCGAAGGGGUGUUUGUCGUUCUUUUUGGUGAAUUUGACGGUAAGCGGCUCCUUGAGGCGGUUGAGGUCCUUGAGCACGAGUUGCACGAUUUCGGAGCAGGACGUGUAGCGGAGGAACAGUGUCGUCUU